AUGCUGCUGCACCGCGCGGCACCGGCCGCCGUUCGCCGUCCCGCCAACUCGCCGGCUGCGUCGGAGAGGAAGGUGCAAGGAGGAGGAGGGAGGAGGGGCGCGCCGGAGCCGUGCCCGCGCGCUGCUGUCUCGCCGGCCCUCCUGCGUGCGCGGCUGCGGUGCUUGCCCCCGGCCCCGACCUCUCCCGACGCGGCGGAGCUCGAGGCCGCCGGAGAGGGCCCCCUGCCCGGCGCGCUCGAGGUGGAGAGGCGGAGCUCGAGGCCGAAUCCGGGAGAGGGAGGUGGGAGGGCCGCCGACGGAGCCCGUCCCGCCGCGCCAUUGCGUCCGCGCGUGCAGGCCGCCGGCGAAGCCCGCCCCGCCAUGGCCACCGUGGGGGCGCGCGCGGGCGGGUCCACGGUGCCGCCCUGGUUCCGCCAUGGCCUCCGCCGUCGUCAUUCUCGAGCUCCGCUGGGGACCCGAGGUACCGCCGCCGCCUAG